GGGCAACAUCGCUCGCUCCUAGUCGUUGUCGUUGGCCAAGCGCAGCAAACGGAGAUGCAAAGAAUUCGCAAUCAGAUAAAUUAAUACGUCAUCUAUCAUUAUAGAGUGAUAUUUUAUUAUACAAUUAGUUCGGCUACAGUUGUAACAAACAAAAACACAGCAGAAUGCCGGCCGCGCGGGGCGUUAAACGCACAGCGUCGAAAACCACCUCUGCCACGUCAUCCAGUGUUCCCAAGAAUAAGAAGAAACGCGCAGCAUUCCAGCUUGAAAUACCAAGUGCGCCCAAGAAGCGGGGUUCCGUGUUCACAUGUGGCCAGGGGGAUGUUGGUCAACUUGGACUUGGGGAGGAUGUCAUUGAGACCACUAAAUUCAAGUAUGUGUCGGGUCUUGGAGACAAAAUUGUGGAUGUGUGUGCCGGUGGCAUGCACACCAUUGCUCUGGACUCCGAUGGAAAGGUGUGGACAUUCGGGUGCAACGACGAGGGUGCGCUGGGGAGGCCCACGUCCGGGGAGGCCGAGGAGGGCAGCGCGGGGGCCGUGAAGCUCCCCGCCAGGGCCGUCGCCGUGUCGGCCGGGGACUCGCACUCCGCCGCGCUGCUCGAGGACGGACAGGUCUACGCCUGGGGAGCGUUCAGGGAUUCGCACGGCAGUAUGGGGCUCGUAGUCCGCGGCCGCGAGGGCAAGGCGUGCCGGGAGCCCGUGCGUAUCGACAUCGGCGAACCGGCUGCUGAUGUAGCCUCCGGCGGAGACCACCUCGUCAUCCUGUCUACGACGGGGGGAGUGUACACGAUGGGCUGCGGCGAGCAGGGCCAGCUCGGGCGCCUGGCGCAGCGCUCCGCGUCCAGGGACUCAAGGCAGGGGUUCAGCGCCCUGCUGGUGCCGGCCAAGCUGACGCUGAAGUGGGCCGCGGCGCGCGUGUGGGCGGGCUACCACGCCACCUUCGCGCUGGACGCCGCCGGCAAGAUGUUCGCCUGGGGGCUCAACAACUACGGGCAACUCGGUAUAACAGGAGAAAAACGCAAGACAGCCCUAUACGCCCCAACAGAAUGCGACGCCUUCACCCAGGGCAGCGGUUGGCAACGAGUCGCCUGCGGACAACAUCAUUCACUGGCCUUGGACUCCAAGGGACAAGUCUUCGCUGUUGGCAGAUGCGAGUACGGACGGUUAGGGCUGGGCGACAGGGAAGGCGACGCGGAGAGCCUGGAGCCCGUGCCGGCGCUCGUGGGCAAGAAGUGCGUCAGCAUCGCCGCGGGGACCUGCAAUAGUUUCGCCGUCACCGACAUAGGAGAGGUCCUCGGCUGGGGCAUGGGCAGCGAGGGCCAGCUGGGCACGGGCGCGGCGACGGACGCGGCGACGCCGACCGCCGCCGUCGCCGCCGCCUUCCAGGCGCGCCGGCCGGGGAAGGUCGCCGCCGGCGCGCAGCACACCGCCCUGCUCGCGCUAGACACAUCACCGGUCAAAGAAAAGUCCCCAACACCAGAAAUGGAGACAGAAGAACAGCCCGUAGAACAGGAGCCCAAAGCAAAGGAUAAGCCGAAGGGCAGACAGAACAAAAAACAGAAGCGAGGGGAGCAGGAGGACGAGGUGUCUUCCACGUCCAGCGCGCAGCCCGAAGUACCGGAAGAAACCAAACCGCAGAAGGUAAAUGGCGAUGAGAAGAAGGAAACUCCCAUGGAAGUAGACGAAUCUGACAACUCACAGGACAAAAAAGAAGACACGCAACCGGACACGGAAGCGGUCGAGCCACCAAAAACGGAACCAGAACCCACAGAGAAAACCCCAGAACCAGCACCAGAACUGGCACCAGAGAAACCUGAGGAAACCAAACCAGAGCUCUCCGACUCCAGCCAAGACUCCCAAGCGGAACCAGACAAACCAACAGAUGUUGAAAUGAAAGAUGAAAAAGUAAAUGGGGCACCGGAGGAGGAAAAACCUGAAGUGGAAGCCAAGAAAGUGGAGGAAGCGAUACCAAACGACACAGUUGUGGCCACCACGGCGUGAUCCUAGAGUUAAAUGCGUGUUUGUGACGAGAUAUCUAUUGCAUAGACUGUGAAAAGCUGUAGUACUGUUGUGUUUUGCGUGGUGCCCGGCACAGGUUGUAAACUUCAAAUGGCUAAAAUUUAAAUUACCUAUAGUCAGACCAAGCUAACUUUGUAUGGCAUUUUGUAACACAAAGUGUGGUAUGUCAUCAUAACGUCUAAUUUGAAUAUAUGGCAAAUAAUGAAAAUAUGGCGUUCAUGAAGACACUGCCACAAUUUAUUGUGUCAAAAUAGAUGUAAAGUUACCUUAGACGGACUCAACAACUACUUUCGGUGUAACCGUAUAUUUCCUUCAAGUGUUUGUUGCGUAGAGCAUAGGCAAUAUAGUUCUUCACUUGAGCUGUCGAACUUGGGGGGGGGGCGUGAUUUUUUUCAUAGACUACACUAUCAAGGUCAUAAUCAUAAACAUAUACAGACGAAUUUGAAAUAAAAUGUAUUGUAGUGACUCCAAACUGAACUUAGAUACCUAAGUAUAAUGUAGAUAAAACAUAAGAUCAAGAUUUUGAACUUGAACUAUUCAGUAACGAGCUUUCAUCAGUCCAUGUCCAAUAAAAAGGAGAAUUCUACCCGCUCCUGUCACAAAUGCUUUCAAAUUCGGUUAAUGUAAGACUGCUUGCACACUACCAAUUCUAAUAACAGGAAUUUAAAAAUAACGGUUUAUUUUUGUAAAACUUUCGAAUUAAAUAUGAUGUCAAUAACUUAUUAUAAGGAAUUUAAAUCAUUCGUGUGCGGGCAGCCUAAAAUAUUCGAAGUGUUUCAUAUCAAACAUACAUUCAAUAGUUCAAUUCUCCAAUAGUAAAUUAGUUAAUACCGUACUUCGAACAGUAAGGAUUAAAAAACCGGUUUUUUCUGCUAAAACGUGGUUUUGUCUAUGGUCUGUUUUAAAGGCUUCUACUCACCUUGCAACAAAUCGCAUGCGAUUUUUGAUACUUUGCAGCUACUUAGACUGCAAUGUUGCAUUUGUUGCAAGGUCAGGAGAGGGCUUAACUAUACAUAAAACUGCUUUGUUUCAAUAAAUCCGGUUGUUAAGAUAAAACCGGUUUUUCGCCUGCAUUAGCCGUUGUUCAUUGUAAUCAAAUUGUUGUAUAUUUCAUAAAUUUAUGACGAGAUUUAAAUAUAAGAAUUCCGGUUUGGGAAGCCCGUUCUUUAACAUGUAUUUAAGCUAAAAUAAUUUGUGGAUUUCCGUUUUUGACAUAAUAAUGUGAUUUCGGUGUAAGUUGAAGUUUUUCCUGCAAUGUCAUUAGUUCGCUACCUUUAGUCAGGGUCUGGUUUUUAAGUAAGCUAUUCAAAUCGGACCUUGAUAAUCAUUUUGUCAGAUUGUAAGUGGUUACAUUAGUAAUCAAGUAUAGUAGAACAUUGAAGUUGCUAGAUCACUAUUACAAUAAGUUCAUAUAAUGUAUGAUUCUGUACAAAUUCUGGACUACCACGUAUCAGAACUUCACAGUAACAUUUAGUAAACUUUUUGUUGAAUUGUUUAUUUUAUUUUAUAAAUAUUUUCGUGCAUGAUCCUAAAGUACAAGAGUACAAUUUCACGACGCUAAUGUUUACUUGUUACGAUAAAAUGAACUAUAGUUAUAAUGAUUGUGUUUUAAUAAUAAAAACGUAGUGGAAA